CCUCUCGAACUUUCCUCUCCCUUCACUUUUCUCCUAUUUAAACAUUCCCACAUUUCUCGGGAAACAAUCAGCUGCUUGACUCGUUUAGCCUUCUCUUCUCAGAACUCUCUCUCUCGCUUUUAGCGCGCUACUCGGGAAGACCAUUUAGGCCUAUACAGAGCAUUUAGUGGGUUGCUGGGAAGUGAAAAUGAGCCGUGUUGUAGCGGAUUCGAACGCGUUCGGCGGAGACUUGGCGUCGGCGGUGGGCCACCUGUUCAAUUUCCGUGAGAGCGUUGACAAAUUCAUGUUUCCUUCGCUGCCACAUCAUGCCAAUGACAACAAGGGCAUGUCGAACAUUCCGGUUGACAUUUUGGACACCCCCAAGGAUUACAUCUUCUACAUGGACGUGCCCGGUGUGCCCAAGUCUGAUAUUCAGGUGACUGUGGUAGAUGAGAAAACUCUCGUGAUCCGAAGUGGGGGGAAGAGAAAACGUGAAGAUGGUGAGGAGGAAGGGUGCAAGUACCUCAGGCUUGAGAGGAGGGCAACCCAAAAGCUCUUGAGGAAGUUCCAAUUGCCUGAAAAUGCCAAUGUUUCCGCCGUCACAGCCAAGUGCGAAAAUGGGGUUUUAACUGUGGUUGUUGGGAAGCUUCCUCCACCGGCCAAGGCCAAAUCCGUCGAAGUUGCCAUUUCCUGAAGGAGAUUUGGGGUUCACGGAGGGGAAGACCAAACCGGGAUUAAGAGUUUUUGGAUUUCUAUUUAGUGUCUGCAACAUGCUGUACAUGGUUGCUAGUUUAGGUUCAGCGUUUGGACGGUUCGAGGAAAUCUUUUAAGAGAAAAGAAAAUGGGCUUGUUUUCUCUGAUUCA